CUGGGAAGUAACGCUCAUAAAAAUUCACCCCCGAUAAGUUGUUGUUCUUCUGUUCUGCGCUAUCCGCCGCUGAGCCACCCGUCUCUUCUGUUCUUCGCUACCAGCCGCUGAGCACCUCUCUCUUCGCAUCACGCCGCUAUCAGCCAGACCCCUCUCUUCGCACUCAGCCCUCGCAAGGGUUUACUCAUCUCUUUUUGUGCUCUGAUCCUUUCUAUUGAGCUCUGAUACUUGAGUACCGUACUUCUCUUCUCUAUCACACUCGAGGGUCCAAGAAGACGGAGGAGGAAGCAAAGAGCUCUGAUUUUCUCUGUGUUAUUCAUCUUGAGAGCGUCACUCCUAAUCUGGCUCUUGGUGAUGAAGUGAUUUGGCUUGGCCAUCAAAGGAGGUCUGCCUUUGGAGUUGCUGCUCGAUACAAUUCAGAUGAGAUGGUUGGUUCAGAAACAAGCAAGUCAAAUCCAGAUUGUGGUCGAUUGACAGAUCCACAACCUUGGCUAUUAAGAUAAGUAUUAGAAAGUGCGACUCGGACUGAGUAAUUGGUCAUGGCCCGAACCAAUUACUCAAGCCAAAUCCGAGUAACUCAAUCAAUUAGUAUCAAGUACUAUAGUAGCAAAAAAAAGGUUAAAAAAUAAAAAAAAUUUCAAAUAGAAAAUGUAUGUUUAAAGUGAAAUUAAGUAAACACAAUAGAAUUUAUAGUUCAUCAAAAAAGAUAUCAUUUUACCUUCAAAACCAGGCGUCAAAAAUAUUCAAGUUGGACUCAGAUCUUUCUGACUUGCACGGCCUUUCACUUGAAAACUUUACCCUCCCGCGCUUCUCUCUCUCAUCGAUGAAGCCUCUCCUCCGCAAAUGCCUCAUUCUCUCUCUCAUCAACAAGCAACAUGGUCUCCCAACACACAGGCCUCUCUCUCUCAUCAACAAGGUCUCUCCACACGAAGGCUCUCUCUUUUUCUCUAGCCUCUCAUCAGGUUUUAAUGGAGGGAUUGAAGGUUUCGAAGGUGGAUUUGACUACUUAUUUGCCCCCUUCUUCUUCAUCUAAUGCACAAAAAGGGCUUUUGCACCAGCUUAGCUUCAUAUUGUUAAGGUUUAAUGAAAAAUUUGAUGGAGUAGUCUUGGCCUAUCAUGACUUGAAAAUAAAGGAUAAAAUGGCCAUGGUUCUUUCAGGGCUGUCUCCAUAUUUUGGUGUGAAAUUGAAAGCAAAACUGUUACUUUUCUCCCCAAAGCCAGGAAUGCUUCUAGAAGGAACGGUAAAUAAGCUUGGAAAGGACUACAUCAGUAUCAUCGUCCUUGGGAUUUUCAAUGCAGGCAUUGCCAUCACAGACAUUCGUGAAGAAGAUGGUGAGCCAAUUUGGGUCAGUACAGAUCAUAGGGACCAUGUUAUUAGAACUGGAACAGUGUUACGUUUCUUGGUUGAGAGUGUGAUGGAGGAUAUAUUCAUAGAAAUUUCUGGGUCCCUGAAGCGGUCUAACACAGGAUGUGUUCGUUGGUUAUCUUCUCAUGAAGUAGAAAGUGCCUCGACUCACAAAGGAGUCACAAGAAACAUAAGUCUAAAGAGAGAAAGCCCCAUGAUCAUGAUUCCAUGCAAGAUGAUACAAGAGAAGAUUCGAACUCCCAUAAAAUGAGAAAAGCAAAGAGAACGGUUGUCUGAAAAUGUUGAAAGUUGAAAGUUGAAAGUUUUGGGAUUCAACCAAUGUUGUUUCUCCUGCAUCAAGUGCAAGUAACCUUUAAUUUAAAAUUGGUUUUGUACCAUAUUUGUGGUCGGAUGAUUUUUUUCCAUAGCAUUACUUUUACAGAGAAGAGACUUAUUAUAUAAACUCAUACACUGAUGAAUGUCUU